CUGAGUUUACCCCGCGGCUGCCCCGCCGCAAUCGGAAAACUGGCGACCAAGGCGACUGUACAGCGUUUAAGCCUGAUCUCCAGACAUCUGGAUCAGCGCUUGCCGUUGCCGAACUUGAACACGCCUUUCUCGACCGAAAGAAACUCUCAGCCUCCGGACGACCUCGAAUAUAAACCCAUCGAUUGCACCCUCCCCUCCCCAACGUCAAUUCCCCAAUCCAAAAUGUCUGCUCAGGCUCCUCACAACACCCUGCUCAUCCCGGGCCCCAUCGAGUUUGACGAUGCCGUGCUGCAGUCGAUGGCUCACUAUGCUGAGAGCCAUGUCGCUCCCGGUUUCGUCAAGGUCUUUGGCGAAACAUUGACCCUGCUUCGCAAGCUCUUCCAGUCCAGCAACCCCUCUGCACAGCCCUUCAUUAUCUCCGGUAGCGGCACCCUCGGAUGGGACCUUGUGUCAGCGAACCUGAUCGAGCGCGGCGAGAACGCCCUCGUGCUGAACACCGGCUACUUCGGUGACUCCUUCGGCAAAUGUCUUGAGACCUACGGCGCCCAGGUCACCCAACUGCGGGUCCCCAUCGGCGAGCGCCACAGCCUGGACCAGGUGGCCGCCGCGCUGAAGGAGAAGGACUACAAGCUCAUCACCAUCACCCACGUCGAUACCUCCACCGGUGUCCUCCAUGAUGUCAAGGGCAUCGCCCAGCUCGUCCGCCAAGUCAGCCCCGAGACCCUGGUGAUCGUGGACGGCGUGUGCAGCGUGGGCUCGGAGGAGAUCGCCUUCGACGAGUGGGAUCUCGAUGCCGUCCUCACAGCCAGUCAGAAGGCCAUCGGCUGCCCUCCCGGUCUGAGCAUCGUGUACACCUCCGGCCGCGCGAUCCAGCGUGCCCAGUCCCGGAAGACCCCUCCGGGCUCCUACUACGCCUCCAUCGCCAACUGGCUGCCCAUCAUGCAGAACUACGAGAACAACAAGCCCUCGUACUUCGCUACCCCGCCCACCCAGCUCAUUCACGCCCUCCACACCACCCUCAGCCAGAUCACCGCCCGCCCUAUGGCCGAGCGCUUCGCCGUCCACGCCCAGGUCUCCAACGCUGUGAAGAAGGCUGUGGCUCAGCUCGGCCUGAAGCAGCUGGCCUCCAGCCCAGAGGCUCAGGCCCAUGGCAUGACCGCUAUGUACCUGCCUGAGGGCCUGACCCCACCCGAUGUGCUGCCGGGUCUGCUGAAGCGUGGAGUUAUUUUCGCAGCUGGCCUGCACAAGGAGAUCGCCACCCGGUACAUCCGUUUCGGCCACAUGGGUGUUAGUGUGACUGACGCCAACCGCAAAGACAUCGAUAAGGCUCUGGGCGCCCUGAAGGAGGCUCUGGCUGAGGCGAAGCAGGCGAAGGGCCUCUAA